CGUUUCCAUAGCGGCGGCGGCAGGAGGUGUCGCGCCAGGGAACUUCCUGGUUCCCGGGCUCGGCUUUGCUGGGAGCCUCCUGGAAGGGAAACAAUGGGGCGGAGGGCACUGCGGUAGCCGCCGCCACCGCGCUGGACCCGCUCGGCCUCCCACGACUGACCGCCGCCGGGACCGCCCUGAGAACAGGAUAUGUAUUCCUCUGAGAAACCCUGGACCAUAGACUUUGGUUUAAUACUGGAUUGGGACAACACACAGAGACUUUUCCAGUCAUGAAUUCGGACCAGGAUGUAGCACUCAAACUUGCUCAGGAACGAGCUGAAAUAGUUGCUAAAUAUGACAGAGGGCGAGAGGGUGCGGAAAUUGAGCCUUGGGAAGAUGCUGAUUAUCUUGUUUACAAAGUCACUGAUAGAUUUGGCUUUUUACAGUAAGUCACACAGUGAGGAGGAGCUCCCAUAUCAUAAUGCAGCUGCAGAGCGGCAAAAGCAACUGGAAAUUGAAAGAACUACCAAAUGGCUGAAAAUGCUGAAAGGAUGGGAAAAAUAUAAGAAUACCGAGAAGUUUCAUCGACGAAUUUACAAAGGAAUUCCACUCCAGCUCCGAGGCGAAGUCUGGGCUCUUCUUCUUGAGAUCCCUAAAAUGAAAGAAGAAACAAAAGACCUUUAUAGUAAAUUAAAACACAGAGCACGAGGUUGUUCACCUGACAUCAGACAAAUAGACCUUGACGUGAACCGCACAUUUAGGAACCAUAUUAUGUUUAGAGACAGAUACGGCGUUAAGCAACAAUCCUUAUUCCAUGUUCUUGCUGCAUAUUCUAUCUAUAAUACGGAAGUCGGGUACUGUCAAGGGAUGAGCCAGAUAACAGCCCUACUCCUCAUGUACAUGAACGAGGAAGACGCCUUCUGGGCCCUGGUCAAACUCUUCUCAGGCCCCAAACAUGCUAUGCAUGGCUUUUUUGUCCAAGGUUUUCCUAAACUAUUGAGAUUUCAAGAACAUCAUGAAAAAAUUCUGAAUAAAUUUCUGUCCAAACUUAAGCAACAUUUGGAUUCUCAAGAAAUCUACACAAGUUUUUAUACAAUGAAAUGGUUUUUUCAGUGUUUUCUUGAUCGAACUCCUUUUACGCUGAACCUCAGGAUAUGGGACAUCUACAUCUUUGAAGGAGAGCGAAUUCUUACUGCUAUGUCUUACACAAUCUUGAAGUUACACAGAAAACAUCUAAUGAGAUUGUCUAUGGAAGAACUUGUAGAAUUUCUUCAGGAGACGCUCGCCAAGGACUUUUUCUUCGAGGAUGAUUUUGUAAUCGAUCAACUUCAGGUUUCUAUGUCUGAACUAAAGCGGGCAAAAUUAGAUCUCCCAGAACCUGGUAAGGAGGAAGAAUAUCCAAAGAAACCCUUGGGACAGCUUCCACCCGAGUCUAAUUCUGCUUGUAUUAGUCAGUUGAGCAAUGGACAAAGAAGUGUUGGCAGGCCCAGCCCCCAGCUAAGCAGCAGAGGAGAAAGUGGAUCACCUCACAAGAAGCAUGAGCAUUCCCCUGCCCACCACAGUAGAACCAGUACCCCAGAAAGAGUCCGGCCACCAAGACGGAAGUCAGUGGAUGACGAUAGUAAACACCUGAAGCCUUCGUCAGGUCCCCAGGACAGUUCCAGGCACUACAACCAUGCAGCUGCUAACCAAAAUAGCAAUGCAAUUUCAAACAUCAGAAAGGAAUUUAUGCCCAAAUGGAAAAAACCAUCAGAUGCCUCAGUGAUUGAAAGAACUGCUAAAUAUGCCAUCGAAGGCAAAAGUCAUUCAGUGUACCCCACUCCUACAGUUGCCAUUCCAAGUUCUGCUGAGACCCGAAUGUCAAACUCAAGGCAGAAGAUGAAGUAUUUUGAUGGCAGUGAUGGGAAGCGGGGUUCUAAUGCUUCUCAGUAUGACAAUGUGCCUGGGAGUGAGAAUGAAAACGGAGCCUCUGUGGAAGAGGCCCCAGAACGGACCCACCCUCACAAUCCAAGAAAGCACACUGAGCCAAAUUCCAGCCCAUCAAAAGUAUCCAACAAGUUUACUUUGAAAGUGCAGCCUCCCAGCCAUGUGCGAUACCCAUCCCAGUUAGAAGGGGAGGAGCACAGGGCUGCAUAUCCACCCUCCUACAGCAACCCCCCUGGUUACCAUGGAAACUCUCCAAAGCACAUACCUGUUGCCCAGAGCAGCUUUGUGUCCCCACAGAUCAACCCUGGGACCCAAAUUAAUCCUUCCAGGAGACUGUAUGGUUCUUCUCUUUCAGUUGAUGUUUCUCCGGAGAAAUCCUACAGCCGCCCAACUCCUGUUGUUCUGCCAUCCAGUCGAAUUGAAGUUCUUCCCAUUGACAUUGGUGCUGGGGGAUAUACAGGUAGUUCAGGGUCACCAAAGAAUGGAAAGUUCAUCCUUCCUCCAGUGGAUUAUUUACCAGAGAACAGAAAAUGGUCAGAAGUUAGUUAUACAUACAGACCUGAGAUGCAUGGACAAUCAUGGACUCGAGAUGCUAGCCGUAGCCACUUAAGCAAUUUACCAAAAUACGCAGCCUUUCAACACAUACCUUUUCAGGACCAUGGCCUUCCAGAAGUAUCUGUAGAUAGUCCAGUGAGGUAUAUAAUUAACCCAGCUGUGGAAGAUGCCAGUCCUCCUGGGUAUCAAUAUGCAGGUCCCUCACCUCCAGCACAUCGCUACAGAAAUAGAGAGGGACUUUCUAUUCAAGAGUCAGUGUUGCUGUGAGAGUUGGCUUUAUUCACUGAAGACAAAAGAACAGAAACCAUGUGAUAGCCACAUUGCUAUGUUAAUAGUUGCCAAAGCAGUAUUUUAUACUAUUGUAAACAACUCAUGCAGUUCCGGUGUAUGUCAGGAAGAGAGUGUGUGGAAGUGCUUUAACUCCGUGUAGAUUCUGCUGAGAUGAGUGUUUCAUUGCAUCGUCACGGAAACUUAAUAGGAGAUUAACCUGGAAACAUAGCAAUAGUUUUUAGGGAUGCCCACACUGUGAGGCUCUUUAUUUUGUUUCCUUCAUAGCUUUCCUUCAGACCUGGAUGUUUCACUCUGUUGAUACAUUCUGUUUUGACCACUGUCAGAAAGCACUGAGACACCAGAGGAGAUGUUCUGAAGGCUAUCACUCAUUUUUUAAUAGGUGUAACAUACACCUGUGCAUACAGAUUUUGAUCACAGAACUUAGAAAUGUUUUUUAAAACUACCUUUAACCUAGAUCCAUGGCAUAACUGUGUUUCCCCCCUUAUCUUUCUACCCAUCCUGCCCUGGUCAUAUUUUAGCAUAGGUUCUAAACUGAAACUGACUAAAAAAACUGUCCUGACUUUAUGAAUCCUACAUCUCACAGAAUGUCAUUCUCCUUCUGUUACUGACAUUUUAUCUCUACCUGAAAAUUAAAGACACUGGGGAGAAAGGCUAACCACUUAUGGUGCUUAAAAUGUGGGUCAGUUAGUUUGAGGGUGUGGCUGUGGCACAGGCUCACUAUGUCCUCACCUCCAGCUGUCUCGGUGCCCUGUGCCCUUGGCUCUGGUCUUGAUGGGUGCAGGGCACUGACCACAGAAGGAGUUGGAAGUCACAGUCCUUGCAGCAGUCUGGGCAGUGGAAGGUUGGUUUUCAGGUUCAUUUGAAAGCAGCGUUAGCCAGACUGCUUAUUCCUCGCUCUGCUUCAGUUUCACAGGGCCCCAAGAGAACUGCUCACAUGGGCUUCUUCAGACACUUAUUCUUUACUGAGUAUAAUGGAUGGGUAUUGCUACACUUACUGGGCCAUUACAUUAUCCUGGUCAAAAUUGUGAAAAAUACCCUAAUAAGCAUCUAGAAUUUUGAUUUUUGUAAAAAAAAAUAGUAUGUUUCAUAGUUUUUGAAAAACUUUUCAACCCUGGACUCUUCUUCCCUCUGCCGGCUUGACCUCUCAAUUUUUGUGCUUAAAUGAAAAACUUUUCAGUGAAAAAUAAUUGAGGUUCAUGGUUUAAAACAAUUAAAAUAUGCUAUUGUACACUACUGUCACCACGACAUAGACAGCAUGGUGGGUUCCUUAAGAGAGGGUGCUCUGUGUGGAGGCUUGUCUCGUUGUUCCCUUCUUGUAUCUGAAUAUCAGAAAGGAGAGAGUCCAACAGUGAUUGUCCCCUUCCUCCAUGUUGGGGAUAUAAGCGUUUGAGGUACAAGAAUAUGUCUUAAGAUGAAAGCAACAUUUGUUUAGCUAGUGAACGUGACAAUAUUUUUAAUGUAUAUAAUGAUCUUAAUGUAAUCUAAUCAAUGUGGUAAUGAUGUUAUUAAGUGUGGAUACAAAUGCAGUAUAUUAAAGGUGAGCACCACACUGAAACUCCAACCCCUGACAAAAUAACCAGGCUCUUGAUUUAGAUCAUGUGGAAGGUGAGGAAUAAAUGUAUAGAAAUGUAGCUGAGGAUAUUAAUUACAGUUCUUAAAGUGUGACUUUGUGGCUUACAAGGAACCAAGCUGUACAAUUUAGUUUAUGAUGGCAGCAUCUAUGCCUCUCCAGAAAGUAUAUAUCAUAGUGGUAAAUAAUGUAGACUAUAUAUAUAUAUAUAAAUGCAAUAUAUAUAUACACACACACUAUUUUCUUAUGUCAUUUAUGGCAUUUUUUAUCUGUAUACUUUUUGAUGUGAUUGUUUUUAACAUGCUAAAAGUAAUAUGCAUAUUUUGUUCUGUGUCUUCUAUGUGCCGUUUUCACGUGGCAAGUGCUUUGUUCUGGUGCUUGCAGGGCCAGCCAGAUGUCUUCUGUGCUUCCCCACGGUGUUUUACAUACGCUGCAGUUCAGCUUUCAUCUCCAGUGACACCAUGUUUAGAACCACAUCAUCUUCCCUUGGUUGAAGUAUUAUUAAAGGCAAUAAGGUCUUCCCUACUAUAAAAUGUAUCUCUGUUGGUUUUUAAGUAGAAAAUUUUAAUUUAAAAUUAUU